CAUAAUGUCCGUGUCCCAUUUCUUUCUUGAACUAGAGCAAUCACACUCAUAUCUUCCCGUGGCCUCCCGAACUGCCGCCGGCGAUCGCCAUAGCCUGCAGUGAGCCGCCGCCGUCGUCCAACAUGAAAUCCGCACCAGCCGCUCCCACCACCAUAUGCGGCCUCGGAGACGACCUUCUGUGCGAGGUGUUCCUCCGCCUGCCCUCCCUCCCGAGCCUCGUCCGAGCAGCCCUCACCUGCCCCGCCUUCCUCCGAGCCGUCCGCUCGUCCCCCUCGUUCCGCCGCCGCUUCCGCGACCUCCACCCGGCCCCGCUCCUGGGCGUCUUCCUCGACAUCUACGACUCCGCCAUGCCCGCCUUCGUGCCUAACCGCCACUGGUCCGAUCCAGACCACACCGCCGCCGUCCGCGGCGCCGACGUCUUCCUCACCCGCGUCCCCGACGUUGAAGACGAAGGGUCCGACGACCCGGACCAUGCCGCUGCCGUCCGCGGCGCCGACGUUUCCCUCACACGUGUACACGAAGACGAAAGCGAAGGCGGCGACGGCGACGGCGACGAAGAAAGUGAAUUCGAAGGCGGAUACAAAAGCCCCGGGUGGUCGAUGACCUCGUGCCGCGACGGGUACGUGGUUCUCGUCAGCCGGAGCACCAAGCGGGCGGCCGUCUACGACCCGCUCACACGGCGCCUGCAUCUCCUCCGCGCGCCGCCCGUUGAGACCCGCGAAGACGCCGAACCUGAGUUCGUCGUGGUCACCCCCGAAGAGGACCCCCGGUCGUUCCGCGUCGUGUGCAUCUCCAAGGAAAUGAGGGCAGCGCAGGUCGCCGUCUUCUCGCCGGGCAGCAUGGAGUGGCAGAUCUUCCCGAAGGUGGGGAACCUGAAGCAGUUCCUUGUAUACAAUGGCCCAAUUGUGAAUUCUGGACUCGAAGGGGCUUUGACGAAGAGGAAUAAAGAUUAGAACUCGGGCGAUUUUAUCACCGGAGAGUGAAAGGCUCCGUCGCUCAGAGCUGCUGGGGUUGCUGCAGAUUGCACCUACGAAGUGCUGUACUAGAGACUUGGAGCUGCUGUUCUUUAGCACCUCCUAGUUGGCUAGUUACAAUAAUGGGUACUGCUAUUUGCGCAAUUGCGCUUACUUCUUGGCUACUUCAUGUCAUGCGCCUAUCAGUUGUGUGAACUGUCAUGUUAUUAAUCUUACGUUUGUGAUUGUCAGCUUGUCCACUAUGGAUGUAUAUGAAGAAAACUGAAUUUAAAUAACCAUUUUCUCAUGAAUUUGUUA